AUGUCAGUCUCUAAACUUGAAUCACUUCCUAAUGAAAUAUUAACUACUAUUAUCGAGAAAUAUAUUAAUGGUAUAGAUCUACUAAGAGCUUUUAGCUUUCAACUCAAUCAACGAUUUGAUUCACUCAUUAUUCAAUGUCAACAACUUCGUUUUGAUUUUAUUCAAUGUCAUCAAGGUGAUUUUCGUUUUUGCAUAGGUCUUUUACCAGCCUAUAUCGACAAAAUAGAAGAAUUAGCCAUAUCAGAACAAGACACACCUGGUCAAGUAUAUGCUUUUCUAUCUUUUUUUCCAUCAUUUGCAGUAUUUAAACGACUUCGAAAACUUUAUUUUCAUUGUAAUGAUGAAGCUCUUGAUUGGAACAUUGUUGAAACGGCUCUCAAUUCCUUAUCACAAACGACUAUCGACACUUUAUCAAUAAAAAUAAGUAUCAAAGAAAAUAGAUUCUCACUAGGAAAUACUAUUGCUCGUAUUUUUGGCCUAAAAUCAUUAAAAAGGAAAACAUCAGCAUGGAUGUGGAAUCCUUUUCUCAAAUGGUGUAUAAGAUUUAAUGAUUCAAUUGAUUAUGUCGUCUAA